AAUAGAUUAAUAUAUAUAAAAAAAAGACGCCAUAAAUCCGUGUUAUUUCCCCUCUUUUUUUUUUGUUUUAUAAUUAGAAAAACUCUUGCCUCUUUCCGAAAUCUUUAUUAGGCCUUCGCUCCUUCUUUUGCAAAUUUAAAGUCGGGUUGAUUUUAAUCUUUAGAGUUACCUAAUAACUUAAGACUUACUUAGGUAUUGACAGGAAACAUAAACCAAUUUACACUUGAGACAUUUUUUGUUAUCAGUGAGUAAAAAAAACUAAAUCUAUGGCAGCGAAUCAUCACCACCAUAUGUCAAAUAGUAUGGCUAAUAGUUCACAUAGUCUACACUCGUCAAAUGUUGUGGGUGUGCACUAUAGAGUUGGAAAAAAAAUCGGAGAGGGGAGCUUUGGUGUCAUCUUUGAAGGAACAAAUUUGUUAAAUAACCAACAAGUUGCCAUAAAAUUCGAACCACGAAAAAGUGAUGCACCUCAACUUCGAGAUGAAUAUCGUACAUACAAAAUUUUAGCUGGAUCAGCGGGUAUACCCAGCGUAUAUUAUUUUGGUCAAGAGGGUUUACAUAAUAUACUGGUAAUUGACCUUCUUGGGCCUAGUCUGGAAGAUUUAUUUGAUAUGUGUGGUAGAAAAUUCAGUACUAAGACAGUUGUAAUGGUAGCCAAGCAAAUGCUCACACGAGUGCAAACCAUUCACGAAAAGAAUCUUAUCUACCGAGAUAUUAAACCUGAUAAUUUUUUGAUUGGUCGUCCAGGAACGAAAAGUGCAAAUAUAGUUCACGUUGUCGACUUCGGUAUGGCAAAGCAAUAUCGUGAUCCAAAAACAAAACAACAUAUUCCAUAUCGAGAAAGGAAAAGUUUAAGCGGCACAGCUAGAUAUAUGAGUAUUAAUACGCAUUUGGGAAGAGAACAAUCAAGACGGGAUGAUUUAGAAGCUCUUGGCCACGUCUUUAUGUACUUUUUAAGAGGAGGACUACCUUGGCAAGGACUGAAGGCAGCUACCAAUAAACAAAAAUAUGAAAAAAUUGGUGAAAAGAAACAAUCAACACCGAUUAAAGAUUUAUGUGAAGGUUUUCCAGAGGAAUUUGGAAUUUAUCUCAAUUAUGUUCGUAAAUUGGGUUUUGAAGAAAAUCCGGAUUAUGAUUUUCUGAGGGAACUUUUUACCAAAGUAUUGAAAAAUUCGAAUGAAGUAGAAGAUGGAGUGUACGAUUGGAUGUUGUUGAACGGUGGUAAAGGUUGGGAAGCAAGCUCGGUAAGAACGAUUUUUUAUUUCUAGGAAUUUCUAUUUACUUAAGUAUUUCAUAAUUAUUUAAAACUUUUAUCGUUGAGAUAAAUGGAUGGGAAUGUAGUCCUUCCAGAUUUCUUAUUAUUUGCUUUCCAUCAUCUUAUCGCUUUUUGGUUUGUGCAAACCACACACAUCGAUAGCGGAAAGAUGACAAUACACACAAAGUUGAGACUAACACCCGCCUUGCACUUCACGGCACCUCCUCUCAGCAAUAUAGUUCGAACGCUGGCAUUCAUCAAUCUUCCCAUCUUCAUCAUCAUCAUGGCUCAUCUGAUCCACGGCUUGUGCGUUCAUCACUCCACCGUGGUCCAUCUAUGAACCGAAGCCAUCAAACCCCACCAUCACCUGCCUUGCCUCAUCCCAGUACAAAAGCACAGAGAGGGACAGGAAAAAAA